AUGCUCAGCUCGAGAAAGCCUGAUCCAUCAAGAAUGCAGGGCAAGGCUGACUAUCAAUGCCUGAGAUCUCCUCUCAACCUCGUGCAUCAUAUGGGCGCGUAUGAAAGUCUUAUCCUCAGCAGAUGUGCGAGUCCAGGCUGGAUGAGACGCAAGCCUCAGUACCGCAUGCACAGCUUGCUGCAAUGGCCCCACCGCAUGCUCAGCUCGAGCAAGCCUGAUCCAUCAGGCAAGGCUGACUAUCAAUGCCUGAGAUCUCCUCUCGACCUCGUGCAUCAUAUGGGCGCGUAUGAAAGUCUUAUCCUCAGCAGAUGUGCGAGUCCAGGCUGUAUACGACGGGAGAAACUCCGAGUGGACAAGGAGAUGAGUCGCAAGCUCGCAGAGAGUGGCGUUCUCACUGAUGGCUACAUGAAGAGGUUUAACGCUGCGGUCGACGCCGCGUGCAAUGAGUAUAGCAAACGCUUGAAGGAAUGCCAUGAUGAGAGUCACUUGACGAUCAGUCGAUUGGAUCCUAAAACUCCAGACUUAAAAAAAGUAACAGAAUUCCAAGCCGACCUGUGCGUGAGCUUUGACGAGGACACGGAUCUUGAAACCAUCUUCAAGGACGUGAUCGACCAACCCGCUGCGGACGUGAAGAUAUUCGGACAGCCUGGAGUCUCGUAUGAGCACUUUGAGAUUAGAAAGGGGGAGUACAUGUGCUUUGAGAUCACGGAGAAGCCAGGGAAGGUCUUUGAGAAGCUGUUCCAGGUCAAUCGGCUGUACAAUGUAUUGAAGGACGACAUGAUUGGUGCAGACACAAAGAUCGCGGCGAUGGGCUUGUUGAUGAACGGCAAGAGAGAGGAGUUUGAGAUAGUCAGUUUGUGUAUGAGGGAGUUCUUUUCUCUGGCUUCUGACGCCAAGUAUGAUUUGGCACCGAUGGUGGAACCUGCCAGGAUACCGUUCUUUUUGAUGUACACUCCGUACAGGAAUAUCUUUGGAGUCAUGCAGGAUCUGAAGAACACGGUCGAGAGCAAGUUCAACAAAAUGGAGGGCAAGUUCAACAGAAUGGACAGCAAGUUCAACAGAAUGGACAGCAAGUUAGAUGAAUUGAAUAGGACGAUGGGGCUCGUACUGAAGCAUCUUAAUAUCGUACCAUAA